CCUGAGCAGAUAAGUCCAGGAGGUUUCCUCGGAUCUGGCUGAGGGUGAAGAUAAAAGGCAGGAGAGGAACCUCUCUUAGAGCAAAGAUCUUAGAGCCCAGGGCAGGUGAGAAGACAACGGGCUGCCUUCGCUGUCGGCAAUGGCAUCGGAAAUCCUCAUGCCGGAGCCCCUCUGCCUCGUGGAGAACCACCCGAGGAAGGGGCUGGUGGUUCAGCAGGAGGCCCUGCAGGUGCUGUCAGAGGUGACCCAGCCGGUGGUGGUGGUGGCCAUCACAGGGCUGUACCGCACCGGCAAGUCCUACCUCAUGAACAGGCUGGCUGGUCGGAGGAAAGGUUUCUCCCUGGGCUCCAGCGUGCAGUCCCACACCAAAGGGGUCUGGAUGUGGUGUCUACCUCACCCCCGCAAGCCUGGACACGCUCUGGUGCUGCUGGACACAGAAGGGCUGGGCGAUGUGGAGAAGGGUGACACUGAGAACGACAACUGGAUCUUUGUGCUCACCCUACUGCUCUCCAGCACCCUGAUCUACAACAGCAGAGGCACCAUUGACCAGCAAGCCAUGGAGCAGCUGCACUACGUGAUGAAGCUGACCGAGCAGGUCAGGUUGAAAGCGGCACCCGGGCAGAGUGAAGAGGAGCAGGAGGAGGAUCCAGCAGAAGUUGCCCCUUUCUUCCCGGCGUUUGUCUGGACGGUGCGGGAUUUCACCCUGCGGCUGGAGGUGGAUGGGGAGGGAAUCUCCGAGGACCAAUACUUGGAAAAGGCGCUGGCGGUGAAGGCUGGAACCAGCUCCAAGAUCCGACGCUACAACCAGCCCCGGGAAUGCAUCCGCCAGUACUUUUGGGAUCGCAAGUGCUUUGUUUUUGACCAGCCGGCCCCCAAGAGGGACCUGGAGCACUUGGAGGAGCUUCGGGAUGAUGAGAUCGAUCCUAAAUUCCAGCAGCAGGUGGAGAAAUUCUGCAGCCACAUCUGGGAAAACUCUCCACCUAAGACCACCCCUGGUGGCCGCAUCAUCAAGGGGAGCUUUGAGGUGAACGCGGCGGCGGUGAAAGAGGCUGUGAAGUUCUACCAGGACCUGAUGGAGCAGCGGGUGAAGCUGCCGACGGAGACAGUUGAGGAGCUCCUGGAUCUGCACAGCCAGUGCCAGCAGGAGACACAGGAGCUGUUCCAGAAACGGGCGUUCGAGGAAGACAUCUGCUCUUUCCAGGCAGAUCUUACACGCCAGGUGGAGGACAUCAAGGAGAAGUUCCUCAGGGACAACGAGCAGGAGUCCAGCUACAAGUGCAAGGCUGCUCUCGGGGACCUCUCCCGAGAUGUGGACAGAAAACUCAAGGAUGGUGUCUACAACGUGCCAGGAGGUUACAAGCUGUUCAAAGGAGACCUGCAGGCACUGGUGGAGAAAUACCAAGAAGUGCCUGGCAAGGGGGUGAUGGCUGAAGCUGUCCUGCAGGAGUUCCUCCAAAGCAGAGAGGAUCUGGACGAAAUAAUCCUCAAGACAGAUCGUGCCCUGGCAGAGAAGGAGGAGGAGCUGAAAAGGGUGCGAGAGCAGCAGGAGAGAGCCGAGGAGGAGAGGAAGACCCGGGAGAAGGAGGAGGCUGAAGAAAAGCAGAAGCUGCAGGACCAGGUCCGCAGCCUGGAAGAAGAAUCGCUUCGGCUGAGACAGGAACUGGAGGAGGGCUCUAGGAGGUGGCGUGAGGAGCACCUGAGGACGGGUGGUCGUAAAGCCAAGGUACCACACGGGACAGGGCAGGUCUGGGGGAGCCAAGCCCGAGCGCACAGGAGAGGAAGAGGAUGCAGCGAUGGCUGUGACGGAGGAGACGGGCAAUUCCAGGGGGGGCUCCCGUGA